CUUGCGCUGCGCCGUAGUCCGCGCUGCCGGCCCGGAGGUCGCGAUGGCGGACGUGUCCGAGAGGACCCUGCAAGUAUCCGUGCUGGUGGCUUUCGCCUCCGGAGUGCUCCUGGGCUGGCAGGCGAAUCGGCUCCGGAGACGCUACCUAGACUGGAGGAAGCGGAGGCUGCAGGACAAGCUGGCGACGACGCAGAAGAAGCUGGACCUGGCCUGAAGGCGCGCGCCGGGGGCCCCAGACGACCUCGCGUUUGCCUCUCGAUGCCGGCGCGUGAGCCCCGGGCCGCGCGGGCCUGGGCGGGGCCGGGGCCGGGGCCGGGGCCGGGGCCGGGCCUGGCCUGGGCCUGGCGCUGCUAGCUCUCUGCCGCCCUGAGGAUUGUCCUGAGUGUUAGCUUGUCGAAGAAAGUAUUGAAAAAGUAAUUUCUUCUUGCACUUUAUGGCUGUAUUUUUAAAAUAAAAGUUUUAAAACAUCUUUGAA